GCUGACACAGUUCCCGGUCGAUUUGUGAUGUGGAGCAAGAAAAUGAAUACAGGCAGUUAUAUGCGCGCCUCCCUCUCGCGCGUAAUUACGGUAGGACGAGCGAUUUCCUGAUGUACCUACUUGCGUCUUUCCUAUUCAUUACUUUUCUUAAUGGGAUAAUCUGGUCCGCGUCUAUUGCUGCAGAGCAGACGCAUUCACAAUUCACGAGCCUGCACUGCAACACACCGAAUUGAAUUAACUGAGGUAGCAAGUGAAUGAAAAUAAAAUCAAGCUCGGAAGUGAAUUGAUGCGUGUGUUGUGGGAUGAUGACGUAUACAUUAAGCAACCAUUAACAGUAUGCGUUAUGAGAGGAAGAUAUAAGUGUAUGUGCUUUUAAUGGUGAGUGAGUGAGAGAGAAACGAGCAAGGGGAGGUUUCAAAGACCAAGCAUUACUGAGUUACAGAGAGCAGGGUUGAAACAAAGGUGUUGCGCGUGUCUCAGAUAGGGUGAGAGAUACGCGGUGCGGGAACACAGUGGGAGCACAACAAAGCCCGGGAACUCUGCGGAAGCUUUUUAUAGACAUACGGAGAGCUGAUCAUUUCAGUGAUGGGUUAGCUAACCUGGAUGUCACUCUGACUCUCUGUCAGAGUGGUCUGUCUUUGCUGCAUGGAUCCUUGACAUCUCAAAAAAAGAUUUUUGCAGUCUUCCCAGGGUGUCACAAGGGAUGGAUUAUUUUCCUGACAGCUCUCUCCUGGACCGGCAGUGUGACUUUGACCCAAGAAUUGGUCUUUCAUUCAGAUGGGACCAAAUCUCACCGUAAGGGUCUUCAGACAUGACGCCCAGAGUCCUCUCCCCUUGUCACGGCUGCUGUCGUCCCCUCAUGAAGGAUGUUUCACAGCGCAGUGACAGGACCAAAGCCUGACCUGAUCGAGAGCCCUGACCGCAGAGCAGAGAUCCGCAGGCACGUUAAGAUGGUCAUGGAGCAGCUGGAGGAAGUUCUCGCAGAGCUCAAGGACGUGGCGAAAGAGCUUCGAGAGGUUGUGGCUCAAAUUGACAAAUUAACAUCAGAUAUUCACCUUGACCCUGAAGAUGACCUGACGUUUACUUGCUGCAGUGAGGAUCACAUGAGAUCACCGGAUGACCUCUUUCACGCCGGGAUGUUUUCCAGCAUCCGUGACCUCUCGAAGCACGUUCCUCCGCUAGACCCGACCGCAGCUAGAAAACGAGAAAGAAACGUGUAUCAUAAGAGCUGCGGAGAUUUACCAGGCCUGAAUGGACCAUUAAAGCCUCAAGAUAACCUAAAAGCCUCCUGGCUCUAUGGAUCUGGAGGUAGGAUCCACUACUAUGACAAAACGCUAUAUCAUGCUCUGUGCUGCGAUGAUGAUGAUGAUGAUGAUGAUGAUGAAGAUAGAGGUGGCAUGAGAUCCUCCAGACUCUCUUCCACCGAUUCAGUGUUUUCAUCUUCACCACGGCUUCUGACGCCCACAUCCGUUCGUAAGGCUCAUCGUAGUUGCAGUACGCAAACCGUUUCUGAUAAAAGCACACAAACUCACUUUCCAUACAUGCCAAGCAAAGACCUUGACUAUAGGAACUAAAUCUCUGAUUCUGCUAUUUGUUGAAAAUGAUUUUGUGCAUCUUUAUUCCUGACUAAUAAUGAUAUUGAUUUAUUGUUUUCUUUAUUCUCAUGGGGUUUGCAAGAACAAUUUAACAGCAUUUUGAUUCAUUAUAUGAAUGACUGAAUAAUCAUGCAUUUCCACAGAUCAUUAACACUUUAUCAAAGCCCCCUAAAGAGUGAGAAUUGGUUUUGGUCACACCCACAGUGCGCAGUAAACAGACGCAGUUAAAUCGAGCGGGUGGUACGCUUUCAUGGAAUAUAAAUAAUAGGCUUUAUAUUAAGCUGUUAUUUCUGAAAACCCUGCUGCAUUAUUAAUAAAAUGAUGGAUCAAACUUUUGGCAGCCAU